UUUAAAAGUAUUGUCAGUUUUGACAGCUGAUAAAUUGAUGUAAAUCACCCCAAUUAACUAACUUAAUUAAAGUAGAAUGUACUUUAUUUGAGAUUUCGUAUACAAAUAUUAUGAGAUAGCCCUUAUUUCCCAAGCAAAAUUUUCAGCGGAAAUCCUAGUACUUCAUUUUUCCCAUGACAUAAUUUCUUGGCACAGUGCAAAGGAGUCCGAAUACUAGAUGCCGCCUUCGCGGCAAAAAUACCAAGGGCUGUGCAAUGCUCAGCUUGGGUUUGGAAAAGGAAGUUGGAGCUUGGGAUUCAGUUCUUUUAGAACCACUAACUGAGGAUAAUUUUAUCAGUAACUUGCUACAAAGAUUCAAAAGAGACCAUAUAUAUACCUAUAUCGGAAAUGUUUUAAUUUCCAUUAAUCCCUAUAAGAAAUUGGCUUUAUAUUCCACAGAUCUUGUUGAAACUUACGUCAAACGCGGACCUUUUCAAUUACCUCCUCACAUAUAUGCUGUAGCAGCUUCAGCCUAUAGGUGGCUAACUGAUAGAAAUGAGGACCAAUUUAUUAUAGUUACAGGGGAAAGUGGAUCUGGAAAAACAGAAGCUGCUAGAAUUGUGCUUCAAUUUUUAGUUCUUGUUUCGGGCGAUAUUCCAGAGGUUAAACUAAUCAAAGAUAGGCUUGUCCAAGCAAAUACUUUAUUGGAAGCAUUUGGAAAUGCACGAACUAUGAAAAAUGAUAAUGCUUCCAGAUUUGGGAAAUUUUUGGAUAUUCAGUUUGAUUAUAAGGGAGACCCAGUGGGCGGUUAUUUGACGCAUUUUUACUUGGAUAAGGCAAGAGUUACAAAUUUGAAUGUGGGUGAUAGAAAUUUUCAUAUAUUUUAUCAAUUACUCUCAGGAUCAGACAUUCAUUUACUGAAGAGUCUGAAAUUACAAAGAAAUGUUGAACACUACAGCAUUCUACAGAUUGAGGGUCACCAAUCAACCCAGUCAGAUGAAGAGGAUAGAAAAUUGUUCAUAUAUACUAAAAGUGCAUUAAAUAUUUUGGGCUUUUCCAAUGAAAAAGUCGUUGAUAUAUUUAGAAUAAUCGCAGUGAUUCUUAAAUUAGGUAAUCUUCAAUUUGUGCCUUGUAAUAAUAUAGAUGGUACAGAUGGUUGCGUGAUUUGCAAUGAGUAUGAACUCUUUGAAAUAUGUGAACUUCUGGAUGCUGAACACAGGUGGUUGCACCGAGCCUUAACCACUCGACAGGUAGAGAAUGGCAUACUUGCAGAAUUGAAUGCAUGCGAAGCAUCAAAACUUAGAGAUAUUUUAUGUAGAACUCUUUACAGCCGUACUUUCUCCUGGCUUAUCAAUAAAAUUAAUGAAUUAUUGAAGGUUAGAUGUUCUAAACCAAAAAAUUUAGGAGUCUUAGACCUUUAUGGCUUUGAAUUGUUCGAAACGAACAGAUUUGAGCAAUUUAUGAUCAAUUAUUCUAAUGAAAAAGUGCAUCACUUUGUUAUUUCUGCUGCGUUAAAAGAUGAACAAGAAGAAAUCAUAAGAGAAGGUUUAGAAUGGUCCAGAAUAGAAUAUUUCAAUAAUGUAGUAAUAUGUCAAUUAUUAGAAAAUGAUAGUCAUGGUAUAUUAACUUUAUUAGAAGAACCAAAUAUUUUGAGCGACUCUGUAUACCUCACCAGGGUGGAACAAUGUUGUAGUGGACAUUCUCACUGUUUAACAUCUGAUUCUUCACUGCCAAUAGAUAGUUUUCAAAUAAGACACUUUGCUGGAACAGUUACAUACAGUGUGGGUGAUUUUGUACAAAAAAAUACAGACUUCUUACCCAGAGAACUCUCUCGGGCCAUGUUUCGCUGUGAUCAUUCGCUGAUGCCUCAAUUAUUCCCGGAGGGCAACCCUAAACGUUGUAAUAUUAAGCGUCCCCUUUCGAAAUCAGCUCAGUUAAGAAUCUCCUUAACAUCGCUACUCAAAGGUUUAUCGAUGAGGCAAAUGCAUUAUAUCCGGUGUUUAAAGCCGAACGAACUGAAGAUUCCUAGAAAAUUUGAAGUAGGGUUGGUGCAGCAUCAGGUUAGAUAUUUGAAUCUAGUAGCAACAGUGCAAGUAUGGAGAGCGGGGUUUUGCUACAAGCUUUCCUAUCCACAGUUCCUGGGCAGAUACAAGAUGAUAUGCCCCCGUACUUGGCCAAGAUGGCGUGGUUCACCUAUUGAAGGUGUUUCUGUGAUUCUUAGGUCACUUCCUAUACCCACCGCAGAAUUUACUUAUGGUAGGACCAAACUGUUUGUGAGAAGUCCCCGCACUGUUUUCGAACUUGAGGAUUUUCGAAGGAGCAGGUUACAUGACCUUGCAUUAUUGGUGCAGAAGUGUUGGAGAGGUUAUAAGGAGUACAAAAGAUAUCAUAAGAUGAGGCACAGUCAAAUGGUCAUUGCAUCUGCUUGGAGGAGUUGGAAAGCAAGGGAACAAUUUCUACUAUUAAAAGAACGAAAAGAAAGAGAAUGGGCAGCUAAUUUGAUCCAAAGGCACUAUAUACAAUGGAAAAGACGGCAGUAUUUGCUAUCCCUGAGUGAGUCACUAUCCCCAGAAGCUAAUUCCCCAAUAAACCGAGAUUGGCCAACAUGUCAUCCCAAACUGGUAGAGUGUAAUGAAUUGUUGAGAAGGAUCCACCAUCGUUGGAGAUGCUACAAAUUCCGUCUCAAUUUCGACCAGACCUCUAGGAAUAGAAUGAGAGAAAAAGUGACUGCCAGUUUUAUUUUUAGAGAUAGGAAAUGUUCAUAUCCAAGAAGUGUGUCCCAUCCUUUUGUUGGGGAUUAUGUGAGAUUGAGGCAGAAUAUCCAGUGGAAAAAAUUGAGCCUAGAAAGCAACGAUCAGUAUGUUGUUUUUGCUGAUAUUAUAAAUAAGAUCGCACGAACUAAUGGAAAGUUUGUUCCAAUUCUCCUAGUAAUUUCGACAAGGUCUAUGUUGAUAUUGGAUCAGCGUACUCUUCAAAUCAAAUAUCGUGUACCUGCAACAGAAAUUUAUAAGAUGUCCUUGUCUCCGUACUCGGAUGAUGUUGCUGUCAUUCAUGUUAAAUCGGCCUUGGAGAGUUACGAAGAAGCCUCAAGCUCUCUUUCGGAUACUACUGGAUGUCUUUUUCAAAGCGAUCUGAAGAAGAAAGGGGAUUUUGUUUUUCAAACUGGACAUGUAAUUGAAAUUGUCACAAAGUUGUUCUUGGUUGUUCAAAACGCAACUGGUAAACCCCCGGAGGUUAACAUAGCUACUGAGUUUGAAGCGAAUUUCGGCUCACAACUUGUUACCUUUGCUUUCAAAUGUGUGGGCCUGCCGGAGGUACAGCCAGGACAGAUGAGGGUUCUUCGGAAAGCAAACAAAAUGGAGAUCUUGAUGUGACAUACGCCAAACAUAUCUUCGAGUCUAGUGUAUCAAGUACUGCCAUUAGAAACAUUUAUUGAAUUGCACAAUAACCAUGAAGUAUCCCAUCGAAAGUUACCAAGUAAUUUUCAUCUAAGUUUUUCAAUCAGAAUUAUGUAAAGAAUUUUCAACUGGCAUUUGGUUUUAUACUGUAUAACGUCUUAAAUGAUUGUGAAUAGUAACAAUAUUUUUUCAUCUGCUAAUCAAGAUUGUUUGAUUCAGUUUUCGUAUGGGUUCUUAUUCAUCCAAAUUGUUGUGUCAUCAUAUCCAUUUUCCUUUUAUGCCAUCAAAAGAUUGUUGAAAAAUUGAACCAAGAAAUCGUUAUAUUGGGACUUCAGUUGAGUUACUUGUCUUUUAUCCAAUUCAGUUUCAAUAGCAAUUGUGCCAAUCAAAGUUCGUGCUACAUAUUAGGUAGGAGUAAUAUCUUUCACUUGAGACGUUAAUAUUUUGUGAAAAUAAUGUAAAAUAGUAUUUUUAAUCACAUGUAUAUUUUUUAUUGAAACAUCACUCUUGUCAUGGGAUUAAUAUAGAAGAAAAUGAAUAAAAAUUGUUACAAUUAAGAUUAUAUCAUUAGGCUAGUAAGGCCUUUCAAGUUUAAAGAAAAACGGUUUCUGUUAUUUUAUAUUUUUCUGUGGUUUUUCACAAAACUUUCGAUAUAGGCACAGACUUUUUGGUUAUUGUUAUCUGUGUUCCUAACCAAGAAUCGUGAGUGACAUUUUAAGGUGAAAAUGGGGAAGAAAAACAAUAAGGUGGCAAAAGUUGCUGGAGCCAAGACUUCAAAAGC